AUGAGUGCACCUAGCUUGCUGUCGAGGAGAGCGGCCACCGUCUGCUUCUCCUGCCGGCGCAACUUCUUGCGACAACGGCAGUUCUCCACGACACCCGCCUCCCUCGUCGCCGCCUUCCAAGCCUACACCCUGCCCUCCAACCCACCACCGGGCCCGCGCAAUGUCACCGUUCCCAACUCCUCGAUCGGAACCCCGAUAGAAUACCCGAGCAUGCCUGGGACUCACGAGACGAGGUCACCAAAGCAGGGCGCACCGCCAGAGCCGGCAGGCAAUUCCAUCUCCGAAAAAGAAGCGCAGCAGUCCAAGCCCGAGUUCGCCGCGACGCCCUCGUCUUCAACCUCCCAACCAACUCCCUCUGCACACCAAGAGCAACAACAACAAACACCCGCACAAACAAGAACACCCCCAGCACCAGAACCUACCCCCGCCGCCGCCACCACCAAACCAACCGGCACCACCCGCCCGCGCUCCCGGCUCCGCGCGCGCAAGGCCGCCAUCAACCUAACGCCCGCCGCGAUCGAGCACCUCCGCGCGCUGCUCGACCAGCCUGACCCCAAGCUGAUCAAGGUGGGCGUGCGCAACCGCGGGUGCUCGGGUCUGGCGUACCACCUCGAGUUCGUGGACCGGCCGGGGGCGUUCGACGAGGCGGUGGAGCAGGAUGGCGUGAAGGUGUUGAUUGAUAGCAAGGCGCUGUUUAGCAUUUUGGGGAGCGAGAUGGAUUGGGUGGAGGAUAAGUUGAGCCAGAGUGUGGUUGCGGAGAGUCGUUCAUGGUUUGAGUGGGUGGGUGAAAGAGGGAGGGAUGGCGUGGAUGUGGGCUAUUCUGCGUCGUCGUGCGGAAUGCACAGUUAA